CAGACCCAGACCUGCAAAAAUGAGGAAACCAGAAGACAAAUUCAACAACGACAAGAAGUUGAAGCUUCGGAAAGGGUUGUGGUCACCCGAAGAAGACGAGAAGCUGAUGAAGUACAUGUCGAGCGACGGGCAAGGGAGUUGGAGUGACAUUGCUCGGCAUGCUGGUCUACAGAGGUGCGGCAAGAGUUGUCGUCUUCGUUGGAUUAAUUACCUGAGACCUGAUCUCAGGCGUGGUGCCUUUUGUCCUCAAGAAGAACACCUCAUCAUUCACUUACAUUCCAUCCUUGGCAACAGGUGGUCUCAAAUAGCAGCUCGUCUUCCAGGAAGAACAGACAACGAAAUAAAGAAUUUCUGGAACUCAACACUGAAGAAAAGAUUGAAAAACACCACCGUCACCAAUUCCACAUCCUCAUCACUAAACAACAGUGAUUCAGCAUCAGAACAGAUAAGAGAUCAUGUUGCAGGAGGAGGAACCAUUUUCCCAGUACUGCAUGAACAUGUCGACAUUGACAUCAUGGCGACCACCUCCUUAUGCGGCGGGGAUGCAUCGUCGUCUUCACCACCAUUUACAUCCAUGCUGUGCCCGUCGAUGCUCACCGUAAACCGAUUCGACCCGUUUCCUCAUCAACAGCUCAACGACCCUUGUGACAUAAGUGGUGGUGCACAGUUUCGAUUCCAUGGUGGUAUAGGUGAGGGACUUUAUGGUGAGAAUCACAGUGACAUGUUUGGGUUAGAGGAUAAUAAUAUUCGUAAUUGGAAUGGGGAAAGCUUAAGAAUGGGAGAAUGGGAUUUUGAGGGUUUGAUGGAAUCUUCCUUCCCUAAUUUCCUUGAUUUCCAAUUCCAAUAGCUUCCUUCUU